AUGGCUCACUCGGAACCAGCCGUUCGCCAUGCCGUGAUAGCUCUAGGAGCUCUUUGCCAAGCCGAGCCUGGAGAUAUGAAGCAUGCAUGCGCGGGCUUCAUUGCCAAUCACGAGCGCAAGGUCAUGUUAUUUCAUUACAACAAGUCCAUUGGCUGCUUAGUCAAUCGAAUGAGCGAUGCCACUUACUCGCCGGAGCUUGGACUCGUUAUCUGUCUUCUUUUCGUCUGCAUUGAGUUCCUCCAAGGCAACUACCAUGCCGCCUUCACCCAUUUGAGGAACGGCUUCAAACUAAUGUACGCGCCCCGCAUGGCACUACCGAACUAUCGGGGCUCAUUACAAACCACGUAUCCCCCAAAGGUAGCAUUGAACGGGUCCGGACCUUCGAGAAACUCAACAGAAGACAAGUUGGUGUCCAUCUUCACCCGCGGCAUGGCGCAAGCUUUGCUCUAUGGCGCCAGAAUUCAGGAAGAUUUGGAGAUAUUGCAAGUGAUGCCUGCUUCGUACUCCAAGCGCUCAUUUGCGAGUCUCUCCGAGGCGCACCAGGCCUACUUCGAGCUUCGCAAUGCAUCUAUAACUCAUCUGUAUAUUAUGGGAAGAAGAUCACUCGUUCGGCAGGAUCCUAGUCUUGAACUGUAUCGAGAACGCGACAAUCUGUUGGCGUGCCAUCAUCUCUGGUACGAGAAUAUGCAGCGCUUUGAGAAGCAUCAUGCGCUCUCGAACGAUGAAUUAAUGGCUGCGAACGCCCUCAAGGUUUCGUAUCACACGACGUUUGUUUACGUAUCAUGCUCAGCAACAGUCAUCGAGAAGACAUACGACAACUAUCUAGAUCACUUCAAGAAGAUCCUGCAUCAUGCCCAAGCAAUCAUCGACUCGAGGCCGCCCACGAACCCAAACACCGCUCACUUCACUUUCGACAUUGCGAUAAUUCCUCAGCUCUAUUUUGUCGCAACUCGAUGCCGCUGUCCCGUUACCCGACGAAAGGCAGUAGCGCUUCUAGAACGUAACCCACCACGCGAGGGCCUUUGGGAUGCGGGGCAACAUGUGGCGGUGUCCAAACGAGCGAUCGAGUUGGAAGAAGCCCAAGUAGACCAAACCACCGGCUGGCCGGUAGAAGAAGCGAGAUUAUGGAAUUGCAUAAUCAAGGCUGGGAUGGACGAAAAGGGUGGCUUCUCCGCGACAUUUCUACCAGCCACAUGGAUUGGGGACCUUGAUGCGAACGGAAAUCAGAAGAUGAUUCGCGAGUUCUUCGUUCUGUGA